CGCCCGGACGCGGCGCAAUGACGCCACGGCGCUCACGCAAGGGAAUCUUCCAUCCUCCCCUUCCCCCUAAGCCUGUGCCCCAGGUGUCCUGCUCCGAGGCUAGGUGCGCGGCCGAGCGUGGCGCUCGUGGAAUCCCCGCGCAAGGGGAAUUCCUGCUCAGCCCCGCACGGGUGGCGAUCCGGAAAUCCCAGGGCGGGGCAGAGGCAGGGUCACCGCCAGCGUAGACCCCUGAGGCCAGGCUCCGGACCCUUCCCCACCGAGACCCGCGCCGAUUUUAAGCAACCACGCCCCCCAGCGCUCAGCCCAGUCCCUCCUUCUAGGGUUAGGAGUCUCGGCUGCCAGCAACCCUUAGCACCUCCAAGGACCCAGGGGUCCAACCUCCCAGCCCUUUCACCCUCGGGCACCGCGAUCCUAGGUCCCCAGACCCCUGCACCUCCAGGACCCAGAAGUCCGAGAUCCCAGCCGCCCCUCCGUCACGAUCCACGAUCCCCUCCUCCUCCAAACACUUAGGACCCUCACUCUCGGGACACAGGACUGACGCUCCAGCUCCGUCCCUCAGGGCCUCGGGAGUCUUUCGAUCCUCAGUCCCUCACUCUCUUAGCGGGCCGAGCGUGCCCUACCCGCACCCGUUACCUCGGGGAUUCCUUGGCGUGGAUUGCGGGCCCCCAGGGCCGCGGCCUCGGCGCUGCGCCAGCCUCGCUGUUUCCCCCGCGGAGCCGCCGCCGGGUCCCCGAUCUUAGUUCCUCGGGACUUCUCUGGACCACAGUCCUCUACCAGACCCCUGCCAGACCCCAGCCCACCAUGAUCCAUCCGGGUCACAUCCUCUUCCUGCUUUUGCUCCCAGUGGCUGCAGCUCAGACGACCCCAGGCUCCUGUUCCGGAUGUGGGUCCCUCUCUCUGCCGCUCCUGGCAGGCCUCGUGGCAGCGGAUGCGGUGGCGUCGCUGCUCAUCGUGGGGGCGGUGUUCCUGUGCGCACGCCCACGCCGCAGCCCCGCCCAAGAAGAUGGCAAAGUCUACAUCAACAUGCCGGGCAGGGGCUGACCCUCCUGCACCUUGGACCUUUGACUUCCGACCCUCUCAUCCUGGAUGAUGUGUGGUGCCACAGGAACGCCCCCGCCCCCCACCUUUUGGAUUGUAAUAAAACAAUUGAAACACC